AUGACUGAAGAUAAUCAUUCCUUGACAAAUGAAUUUAUCCUCACAGGAUUUACAAGUCGCCCAGAUCUGAAGACCCUUCUGUUUGUGGUGUUCUUUGUCAUCUAUCUGAUCACCAUGGUGGGAAAUCUUGGUUUGGUUGCAUUGAUUUUUAUGGAGCGCCGGCUCCACACACCAAUGUACAUCUUCCUUGCAAACUUGGCUCUGAUGGAUUCCUGCUGUUCCUGUUCCAUUACCCCCAAGAUGUUACAGAACUUCUUUUCUGAGAACAGAAUGAUUUCUCUCUAUGAAUGCAUGGCACAAUUUUAUUUUUUCUGCCUUGCUGAUACUGUGGACUGCUUUGUCUUGGCAGCAAUGGCCUAUGAUCGCUAUGUGGCAAUAUGCAGCCCACUGCAGUACCACACCAUGAUGUCAAAGCAACUCUGCAUACAGAUGGUCAUAGGGGCCUACAUAGCUGGGAAUCUUCAUUCCAUUAUUCAUGUAACACUUCUGUUAAGGUUAACCUUCUGUGGAUCUCAUAAAAUCAAUCACUUCUUCUGUGAUGUUCUUCCACUAUAUAGACUCUCUUGUGUUGAUCCUUAUAUCAAUGAACUGAUGAUACUUAUCUUGGCUGGGUUAAUUCAAAUCUUAACUAUUACCAUUGUCUUAAUCUCUUAUCUUUGCAUCCUUUUCACUAUUUUCAAAAUGAAAUCCAAAGAGGGAAGAGGUAAAGCCUUAUCUACUUGUGCAUCUCAUUUUCUCUCUAUCUUAAUAUUCUAUGGUUCACUUCUCUUCAUGUACAUUUUGCCACAUUCAGCUGAAGAAGCAGAUAAAGAUAUACCCAUUGCUAUUUUUUAUACUCUAGUAAUUCCUUUAUUAAACCCUUUUAUCUAUAGUCUAAGAAAUAAGGAAGUCAUAACUGCUAUGAAAAGAAUUAUGAAGAAGAGAAAACCUCAUAACAUUUUGAAACAAAUAUCGUCUCCUAUGACAAAUUGA